AUGGCAGACAACCGAGGAGGGGGGUCCCGUUCACCACGGAAGGUCCCAGCAGCAACGAAGAAGGUAGGACCGCCUCGGCAGCGUAUGUCCUCACUGAUGUACUCCUUACCGGUACGACGACUCAAAGACAUUUUAAGUCAUGUCUUGCCCGAUGUGACGCUAAGCUCGACCGAAGAACUUAAAUCGAGUGGACUUGCGAGGCUUUUCACCUUAAAGAUGUCGGAUGGUGAGAAGGUGCUGUUGUCGGUGGCUCCAAGCUUAUCCAUUCGAUUACUUCGACAGGAGUCAACGAUAUUGUCGACUGAAGCUGUUCUGUUGAAUUUCUUGGCCGAGUCAGAUCUCGACGGGAAAAGUGGCAAGGAGAAAGUAGAAGAAGGGGAGGACGAGGAGGAGGAUGAAUCUUCAAAAGCCAAAGAUGAUAGCCAAAAAGUAUCAAGAGCGCUACUAGGGCUGGCCCCUAAACUGCUCAAGCACGCCAAGGACAGCCGCGAACUGGCAUAUCCUUACACCAUCGUCAGCUCAACACCUGGAGAACCUCUCACGAAACUUGCUCCAUUCCUAAGCGUCCCCGAACGUCACGACAUAGACAAACAAGUCGGCGCACUGGCACGAACCCUAGCCAAUCUAACUUCUCCCAUGAAGCUGUUUGGUAUGGCGAACAAAGCUCUUCCAUUUCCGUGCCAGCCAUCUGGACCAUCAGCUCCUCCCAAGCUCGGAUGCAAGACUUGGGCCGAAGGAUUCAACACGCUCCUGGAAAGCAUUCUUCGGGACGGAGAAGACAUGGCUGUCCUCCUACCAUACGAAGUCAUCCGCUCACAUUUCGCAAGACUAUCAUGGCGACUCGACGCAGUCACCACACCCAGACUUGCCAUCCUCGACAUCAACGACCCGAAGAACGUCAUGAUAGAGCGCGAUCCCGACGACGAAGAAACGAUGCUGCCCUCAGAGCACAUCCGCUUGACCGGGCUCCGAAACUGGAGUCAGGGAGUCUUCGGCGAUCCACUGAUAGCGUCCUGCUUUGAUGAACCUACGGAAGGGUUCCAAGAAGGCUGGGAUGCCGCUGGCGAAGAGAUCAUCGAGGAUGGAGAACACUCGGAGACAAGGAAAUUGCUGUAUCGUUGCUAUAGAGCGAUAGUGGAGGUAGUGACGGAAUACUAUAGGCCGAAGGGUGACAGUAGUCGGCGGGAACUGGGAGGGAGGAGGAAACUUACACAAGUGCUGGCGCAACUGGAGAAAGUGGAUGUGGUGGAUGGCGAUGCACCGAAGCGGGUACGGAGUUCAUCGACUGAUGGCGAAUCUUCGAAACGGGUGAAGACAGAGUCGAAAGGAAAAACAGAGCCAACAGGAAGGACAGAGCCAAGAGGAACGACAGAGCUAAAAGGAAAGACAGAGCCAAAGGGAAGACGGUACCAAAAGACAAAUGAUGGGAUGACGGAAUGA